AGAAAACACGAGACUCAAGCCGAGGUACGCGGCGCGGGUCUGAGGUGUGGACCCGAGGAAGGAUGGAGUCGCUGAAGGUGGAAAAGUUCGCGACCGCCGACCGGGGAAACGGGUUGCGCGCCGUGGCCCCCCUGCGCCCCGGGGAGCUUCUCUUCCGCUGCGACCCCUUGGCGUACACCGUGAGCAAGGGGAGUCGCGGGGUCGUCUGCGAUCGCUGCCUCCUGGGGAAGGAAAAGCUGAUGCGGUGUUCUCAAUGCCGAAUUGCCAAAUACUGCAGUGCCAAGUGCCAGAAAAAAGGUUGGCCAGACCACAAGCGAGAAUGCAAAUGUCUUAAAAGCUGCAAGCCCAAAUAUCCGCCUGACUCUGUGAGACUUCUGGGCAGGGCUGUUGUCAAACUUAUGGAUGAAAAACCCUCAGAAUCGGAGAGGCUUUACUCGUUUUAUGAUCUGGAGUCCAAUAUUAACAAACUUACUGAAGAUAAGAAAGAAGGUCUGAGGCAACUUGCAAUGACAUUUCAACAUUUCAUGAGAGAAGAAAUACAGGAUGCUUCUCAGCUGCCGCCUGCUUUUGACCUUUUUGAAGCCUUUGCAAAAGUGAUCUGCAAUUCCUUCACCAUCUGCAACGCGGAAAUGCAGGAGGUGGGCGUUGGCCUGUACCCCAGUAUGUCUCUGCUGAAUCACAGCUGUGACCCCAACUGCUCGAUAGUAUUCAACGGGCCCCACCUCUUAUUGCGUGCCGUUCGAGAAAUUGAGGCAGGAGAGGAGCUCACCAUCUGCUACCUGGACAUGCUGAUGACCAGUGAGGAGCGCCGGAAGCAGCUGAGGGACCAGUACUGCUUUGAAUGUGACUGCAUCCGAUGCCAAACGCAGGACAAGGAUGCUGACAUGCUGACAGGUGAUGAGCAAAUAUGGAAGGAGGUUCAGGAGUCGCUGAAGAAAAUUGAAGAGCUGAAGGCACACUGGAAGUGGGAGCAGGUUCUGGCCCUGUGCCAGGCCAUCCUAAGCAGCAACUCUGAGCGGCUUCCCGACAAAAACAUCUACCAGCUGAAGGUGCUGGACUGCGCCAUGGAUGCCUGCAUCAACCUGGGCAUGCUGGAGGAGGCCCUGUCCUACGCCAUGCGCACCAUGGAGCCGUACCGGAUCUUUUUCCCUGGGAGCCACCCCGUCAGAGGUGUGCAGGUGAUGAAAGUUGGCAAGCUGCAGCUCCAUCGAGGCAUGUUUCCUCAAGCCAUGAAGAACCUGAGGCUGGCCUUCGACAUUAUGAAAGUGACCCACGGCCGAGAGCACAGCCUGAUCGAGGACCUGAUUCUUCUCAUGGAAGAGUGUGAUGCCAACAUAAGAGCCUCCUAAGGACAGCUGGGGGGGACAGGGGAGGUGGCGCGCCCUUCAUCGAACGCCUUACCGAGGUCGCACACCCUGUGACGUCUGCUGUGUGAGCCUCCUGUAGAGAGCACCAUUGUGUUUCUGUGGGUAUAUGUGUUUCUGUGGUGUGUCGUGAGAACACUCAUUUGUGGUAGAGCAGAACCGUGAUCAUAAAUACAGAAGAGGAGUCGAGAAUGCCAUCUGGCAACUUGGCUUCACCUCCUCACGGGUGAUUUUCGUGUUUAAGAUCUCAGCAUUGGAAAUAAAACAACAGGCAGCUCUCAAGAGGCAGAGGCAGGUGGGUCUCUGUGAGUUGAAGGCCAGUAAGGUCUACGUAGGGAAGUCCAGGACAGCCAUGGCCUCUGUAGAGAGACCCUGUGUCGAAACCAAAACGGAACAAAAAUAAGGUGGAAUAAGUUAAAACUUCCUCUUUGGAUGUAUAUAGAGGUGAUUGGAUAAAGGUAAUCAUUUUCACAUGUACUCUGAACACAAGUGUGUGUCCAUCUUAUCAAGAAGCAGAUUUUUAGUUGCUCUUUUAUUUUUAUUGCUAUGUAUUAAUUGUGCUUACUAAAGUGGUUCACUGUGAUAUUUCAAUAUUUGAAUACUCGUGUACAACAUGCAGCUAUCAAAGAGCAGAUCUGGCCUCCCUUUAUUUUUCUGCCCCCAUGACUCCCCAUUUCUCAUACUCACCCACCCCAGCCUAUACACACAAGGGAGAAAGUGUGGUACUUGUCUCUGUCCCUGGCUUAUUUCCCCUCAUACCAUUUCCCCCAGUUCUGUCUGUCCUGCUGCAGAUGACAUGGUUUCACUCUUCUUUAAGGCUGAGUAAUAUUCCGCUACUUACAGGCACUUUGUGCCUGUUGGUGAGGACGUAAGCUAAUCAUAGCAUCCGCCAUUAUGAGUGGCCUCACAGUCGGCACGGACAGGCAGGCGUGUUUGGGGUUUACAGGUUUGAUUUCCUUUUGAUGUAUACCUAGAGGUGGGAUAGGUAGAUCCCAUGGUAGUCCUACUUUCACUUCUUAGAUGAGCCUCCAUACUGUUGCUCUGGUUUAGGGACCCAACAGCAGGGUAUGAGAGUUCCUGUUCUCCAUGUUCAUGCCAGCACUUGUCACAUACCGGGUUUUGCUGGCUUUGCUAUUGGCUUUAACCACAUUUUAACUGGUGUACAUGAUGUUUCACUGUCUCCGUUUCCCUGGCGACUGAUGGUUUUGAUUGUGCCUCAUGCACUUGUGACUGUUCCGAGCAGCUGCUCAUUUUGUAAUCGGAAUCUUGUUUUUUAAUUCCUCACAGGAUAAAUACACUAUGUGUUAUGGAUAUGAACUGGGAAGAUGGCUGGCAAACAAUUCUCUCAGUUCUGUAGAUUGUCUUUUCCUCUGUUGUUUUGCAUGCUGGGCAGAACUUCAGUGUCAUUGUUUCCCUGUCUUUGGUUUUGCUCCCUUUGCUUUUACAGUCAUUUAAACAACAGUUCCAUUUUCAUCUCUUGCCUGCUUUCCCUGCACACAUUAAAAAGACCAGCUACACACCCUGCAAGGUUUGGACACCUUUGUCGAGAAUUAUCUGGCUCAGUGUUCGAGCUCACUUCUGGGCUCUCUGUUCUGACCCACUGCUCCAUGUGUCUGUUGUUACUCUAUGACCAUGCUGCUUCUGCCAUCAUGGCUCUGUAGUAUGUCUCAAAAUGAGGUACCGUGAUGCCUCUGCCCUCACCCUUUCUGCUCACGAAUAUUUGGUCUGUUCUGAGUCUUUGGUGAAGGAGCAGAAUGUUGAGAUGUUGUCUUUACUCCUCUGUGAUAAAUAACUACAUAUGUUAUUACUCUCUGAAUCCCUCCCAACACAGGAAUCAUUAUCCUAAAUCCUAGGACUAGGCCAUCUCAGACAUUACUGGUAAAUGAUAAGUCUCACAUAAAAAGAAAAAGAUACUGAACUCAGCUCUUUGUGUAAAUCGUUCUUGUAUUUUAUAGUUCUUUGUGUGUGUUAAUAUUUUCUUAAACAUAUUUCUUCUGUAAUUGCUUGAAUUUGUGGCUCAGUGUGUUGCUGGGCAGAGCAGAGAGCUCUACCGCCCUGUAGUAAAGCGUGUUUUCAUUCCCAUUCAAA